UUAUCUUGGCACUGGACGUGACUCAUAUACAUUCUGCGUAUGAAGCUGGGCCCAAGUUUUCCUUCGGGACUUCGCACAAUGUCGGUAGCUUCCCCUCUCUCCUUCCUCCCUAGGUCUGAUGACGCCAGUACAGCUCCUUUCAGUUCUGAGCGCAGUCUCUACUUGCGGGCGCUGCCAACGUUCUUUAACGACCAUUUCACGCUCCUCUUUGUUACCUGGGUAUUCUUCCUCGUCUCUGUGUACAACCCAUACCUUUCUUCGAACUUCCAAUCCUGACCGAAUCGACUAAA